AUGGCAGCUCCCCUCUUCACCAUCCAGAAAUCGGAGGGUGUCAUCACAUGCACCCAGCCGCAGGAUGCCGUGUAUUUACUGACCUUCAAUUUUGCGCCGGAUAACCGCGUGACGGAGGACUUCUGCCAGGCCAUGCUCCUCUCCCUGGAUAUCAUCCAGUUCAAAUACCCUCCCGGAGUCGUAGUAACCACCUCUGCUAUUCAGAAAUUCUAUAGCAAUGGCCUGGAUCUCCAAAAGGCCUUCGCGACCAAGGGUUUCUUCGAAAACAACCUCUUUGCUCUUUUCAAGCGUCUGUUGACUUAUCCCCUCCCUACCGUUGCAUUGAUAAACGGCCACGCCUUCGCCGGCGGUUUCAUGACAGCAAUGUACCAUGAUUACCGCAUUUUCAACCCCUCCCGUGGCUUCCUCUGUCUAAACGAAGUCCACUUUGGCGCCGCCCUCAAGCCCACCAUGUGCUCCAUCUUCCGGGAGAAAAUUGCAAACCCAGCCAUAUUUCGAACUAUAGUACAAGAGGGAUGCCGGUUUAGCGGCAAGGAGGCGCUUGAACAUAGCAUUGUCGAUGGCCUUGGUGGUCUCGACGAGGCGCUGGCGUUAAUUGAGAAGAGGAAGCUGACAACGUUGCCUGUUUCCGGAGUUUUUGGUCAGUUGAGAAGGGAGAUGUUUAGGGAGACAUAUGAGCUUUUGGAGAGAUGUGGGGAAGAUGCGGCGGAGGCGGAAAGGGAGGCGGAGAAGGAGUUGAGGGAGAAGGAGAGGGGAUUGAAGCGGGUGGAGGAGUGGCAGGCGCAGGGAGGGAAAGCGUCGAAGCUCUGAGGGGUACUUUUAUGAUGGGUAGUUUUGUAUAUACAGUUAUUUGU